GCCUGGGAUAGUUCCUGAACCAUUCGACUUGUGCUUGAGGGUGCGUGGCGUCUCGCACUAGUCUGUCUUUUAUUUCUUUUUUAUUUCUUGCUUGCUCUCUGUUCUGCUUUCUGCUCGGUCUUUCCUUUAGGUUGUAAGGCUUCUCUCGCCUGGGAGCUUCAGCCCACACCUCCUCGAGACUCCCCGCGCCUGCUUUGGUGCAUCAACAACAAACGACAAUUCCUCUACCUUCCAGCGUUGUUGGACAAAAGAACCUGCCUCGUCACCGCAUCUUCGAGUCCUCCGUGCUAGCUCCCAGAUUACGACGACCGCCAUCUUUUCGCCCGUGUCCUCCUUUUCUCAACCUCAAUGCUCUUCUCCGUCCUCUGUCUCGUCUUCGAGCCGUGAUCAGCAUCUAUAUCCUACUCACCCUACGGCUAGAUGGGGAUAUAUGGCGUCCGGAUACAACUCAGGGUUCUCCGGAACGUCGACACAGCACCGUCCCCUGGGCGACGGUCGGUCGUUGUCAAGCCAGGAUGACGGGUCUGUGGAUGGAAGCUGGUUCGACGCGGUCGCGCGGUCGACGCGGACCGGGCGCUCCGAGUCUGGAGGCAGCGGAUCACUCGCACCCCGAGGAGGAGGAGGAGGAGGAGGAGGAGGAGGAGGAGGUUCUCUGGUACCGUCGAUGAUGGGCGGGCCGGGCAGUUUUAGCUCGGAGCUGAAGAGCAUGCACACGUCGCGGAGCACGACGCCUCGGCCGGACGGUGGGAUGACGCGGCGCGGAAGUAGUGCGGUAGAUGAGGAGGAUGAGCUGCCGAGCACGGAGCAACGACAGGCGAUCAUACGGGACCGGAUCGCCAAGGAGAUGAAGAUCAAGACGGGGACGGAGAACAUGCUCGAGGCGUUGCUGGUCAAGAAUCCCAAGUACACCAAGGACCAACGGCUGCGGGUGGAGUCCGAGUUGAGUUCCUCGAACCGCAAGCUCGCAGAGCUGCAGCAUGAGCUCGAGGAGGAGCUGUUACGCGCGCAGGCGCCGUCGACGCCUCCCCGCAGCCGGCUGUCCGCUCUGUUCCGCGGCAGUCCGAUGCGGUCGCCCUCGCGGCAUGCCGAGUCCAUCGUCGAAGAAGAGGAAGAUGGGUACAAUGAAGGCGAAGGGGACGGCGAGACCGAAUCCCCCACGUAUGUCUUGACGGAGACCCUGCAGGCGUUGGAGAUUGAGGGCAUGGCGCCCGAUUUCUACGUCGAACGCGCCAAUAGCCUGGUCGAGCUGUUCAAACGCCAUCCCACCCUCAAGUACGAUCUCGCCUGGUCCGUCUUUGGGCUGCGGGUCCAGGUGAUGCUGCUCAGUGACAGCAAGGAAGUGGUUGCGGCCGGUUACCGGUUGACCCGUUAUGCAAUCGCUGAUCGCAAAUCCCUGCAGAUUAUUCGCUCCCUGCACACAGACGAAUUUGUCAUCCUCUCGCUCGUCAAGGAGAGCAAGGCCGGUAUCGAACGGGAGCAGGCUCUGAAAUUCGUCAGGGCUUUCCUGGAUGUGAAGGAUGGCGUGCAUGAAAUCUCCCGUGCCGUGGUGCGGACGAUUGUCGCCGUCGCCGAGCACCACGAGGACCGUCUGCGGAACAUCUCCAUCAUGACACUGGCAGAGAUCUUGGUGAAAGACCCCGGUCUAAUCUUCUACGCGGGUGGCUUUGCUGCCUUGCACGACGCCCUCGCCGAGGGUACCUUUGGCGCCUCGGAGAGUCUCAUGGCGAGCUUCCUCCAUGUGCUCGAUACGCCCCAGAGUCGACGGUUUUUGCAGGGCGGCUGCGAGCUAGAGGCUGUGCUCACCCCUUUCACCGACUCCAUGGCCGACUCCGUCCGCACCGGCCGGCUCAAGUCCUCGGCCAAGGCCAUCUCCGCCAUGCUGAAAACGUGGCCUGGCUUGCUGAUUUUGGCGCGCCACGAGGCCCAGCCCCUUCAGUCCCUCUUGGAUUCUCUGAACUACCCGGAUCCACAGGCCCGAGACCUCAUCAUGGAGCUUCUCUUCGACGCUCUCCGUAUCAAGCCUCCGUCCUGGUCGUCGUCCUUCCUGGCAGGCCGUCGCCUGACAACGUACAACAGGGUGGCCAACCUGAGAUCCGAGUCGGAUGCGAAGCAGUUCCGCGCCUUUUACGAGAAUGACGGGAACAGAUUCGAUCUCACCACGCAUUUCUCCACUCUUAUCCUCGCCACGCUCGUCGAUGCCGGCUUGAUCAAGGCGCUGUCGGACUUGAUCGAGAAUGAAUCCGAUCUCUCCUUGAGAAGAAAGGCAACUCUGCUCCUGACCGAAGUCCUAAAGUUGGCGCAUCAUUCCCUUCCCGAAAGCAUGAGCGCCAGCCUCCAGGUUCUUCCGCACUUACUCCCCGCCGCGAUCAAGUUCGAUGUAGAGAACCAUGAUGUCUCGACGUCGACCAUUUACCAAAUCGAGAGCAUCAAUCGCACGCUGGCUCGUUCCGGGGGGUUUUCCGAUGCCGCUGGUCGGUACUCUGUCGACGCUGAUAUCUCGGCCUCCCUUCUCUCUGGCGAGCCGGGGAAAGAUAAGAUGAACCCGGUCAUGGACGAGACGCAGUUCCGCAACGUGAUCCUGGAAACGCACGUCCUGAACAGCGUGAACUAUCUCAAGUGGAAAUGGGAUCUGAUCCAUCGUAUCGUCGAGGGCCCACUGACCAAUCCGAAACGGCUCGAUGAGGCGAUCAAGGGCUCCAAGUUCAUGAAAAGACUGAUCGGUUUCUACCGACCGUUCAAGUACCGGUUUGCCAUGAUACCCAACACCAAGCCUAACCAACGGUACGUUCGCACCGGGUGCGCCUUGCUGCGUACCUUGGUCCAAAACCCCGAGGGACAGAAGUAUUUGGUGGAGAACAAGUUCCUCCGGCAGGUAGCUGAAUGUCUGGCUCAAGUGGACCGCAUGAGUGGUCUGACCUCGUCGUCACCGCUGUUCUCCCGGGAGCAAAUGGCCAACACGCUGAGCGGUGGGUACUUUGCCAUGCUGGGCGUGUUGAGUGGGGAUGCGAACGGGUUCGCGAUGAUGGAGAGGUGGCACAUGCUCAACAUGUUCUACCACAUCAUCGAGCUGCGUGACCGGAACGACCUGAUCCAGACGCUGUUGGGGAAUAUGGACUAUACGCGCGAGAGCCAUCUGCGGGUAAUCCUCUCCAAGGCGCUGACCACGGGGUCGAAGGACAUCCGGAUCUUUGCGACCAAGCUGCUCCGCAAGUACGCCAUUGGAAACGUACCGCUGUCUCUCUCGCAGGGGGGCAUCGCGAACGCGGACUGGGUUGUGAAGCUGCUCGUCACGCAGUUGUAUGAUCCGGACGUUGCGGUUUGUCAGGUUGCCGUCAAGAUUCUCGAGGAGGCAUGCAACCAGCGGGACUACCUUGAGUUUGUUGUCAAGUGUCGGCCGUCCCUGGACCAUCUCGGAGAGAUUGGGGCGCCGCUGCUGUUACGGUUCCUGUCGACCUCGGUGGGCUACCACUAUCUCGAUGGCCUCGAUUACAUCACCCAGGAGAUGGACGACUGGUUCCUCGGGCGGAACGACGCCUAUGUUGGUCUCAUCGAGGCGGCGCUCUCCCGUGCAUACGUCGACCAACCACGCCGCAACAGCAGCUUCGUGCCCGAGGACCUCGUCGACCUCCAGGACAUCGGGUUGGUCCCGCCGCACUUCUAUCGGGAGCUGGCCCGCACGGCGGAAGGCUGCCGGCUGCUCGAGCAGUCGGGCCAUUUUUACGAGUUCGCGUCCACGAUCCGCGACUUUCGGCUGGAUGAAGAAGACACAGAAGCCUUGCUGAAGGUGAAAGGGUGUCUGUGGGCGGUGGGGAAUGUCGGCUCCAUGGAGCUGGGGGAGCCCUUCCUCUCCAAAGAGAUCGUACAGCAUAUCGUCAAGAUUGCAGAGAGCGCCGAGGUCUUGACCAUGCGCGGCACCGCCUUUUUCGUGCUUGGUCUCAUCUCCCGGAGCAGACACGGUCUCAAGGCCCUGCGGGAGGCGGGCUGGGACUCGGCCAUCGAUCAGAAGGGCGAGUCGUUGGGGCUGAGUCUUCCAUAUAACUUCAAACGGCUUUUUUUGGUUUCUUUCCCUCCGUAUGCUCGCGACCACAAUGACAAGCGCAGAUCCCAUGAGAGACUCAAGGCUGCCUCGAUGGAUCCCGACCCGGUGAACCAGAAGAUCUUGAAGUUGAUCGUCGACAUGGGUAACACCGUGUUAUCCAAACGAGCAGCCGCCGAUCUUCAUGGUCUCAAGUCGAAGCAGCCCGACCGGUUCCAUCAGACUCACUUGUUCCGCAAGACCCUCAACAUUCUCGAAAGCCAUCAUUUCCGACUCCCCGCCCGGCGAUUCGCUCUCGACCUGUUCGACAAGAGUGUCCUGCAGCGAAUUGUGCUGGAUGAAGAGUCUGACGCCGAUUCGGAUUCGACCUCCUCCCAAUGACAGAAAUCUAGAUCAUCGGCAUAUUCAUUGACGAGCGCUGCGCGCCUUGUGUACCACCCAGCCCUGUUGAUAUAUACCCAUUUUCCCCCAUUGUCUCCAUUCCUCGUGUUUGUCCUUGAUUGUUCCAUGCCUUUUUUUCCCUCGUGUCAUCCAUCUAUUAAGGUCUUGGAGCACUCAUUUCGGGUAGACUGGGCGUUGUUGGUACGAGAUUUGAUUUUGUCCUAUUGUAUGGUACUCGGCAAUUAUGAGCUAUGAUCAUCCAGUU